CUUGUUAUUAUAAUCUUAUAAAACAAUAUAAAUAGUUAUCUCAAUAUAUAUCUGUACAUCAUCAUAGUCAUCAUCACAAACAAGUCACAGUCACUCUCAAAGUGUGACUAUAAUCAACAACAACAGCAUUGGAAAAUGGGUUCCGAGAGCAACAACUUGGAAUUUUUUAAGGAGAUUGGUUUAGGUUCAACAAACAUCGGCUCUUUCAUCAAUGGACAAUGGAAAGCUAACGGUUCUUCUGUUACUUCUGUUAAUCCUUCUACCAAUCAGACUAUUGCUACGGUAACCGAAGCAACUUUGCAAGAUUAUGAAGAGGGAUUGCAAGCUUGUAGUGAAGCAGCUAAGACAUGGAUGACUAUUCCAGCACCCAAAAGAGGUGAGAUUGUAAGACAGAUCGGGGAUGCAUUGAGGGCUAAAUUGGAUCCACUUGGUAGGUUGGUGUCUCUUGAGAUGGGAAAAAUUCUUGCAGAAGGAAUUGGAGAAGUUCAGGAAAUUAUUGAUAUGUGUGAUUAUGCUGUUGGGCUAAGCCGACAAUUGAGUGGAUCAAUUAUCCCAUCAGAACGUCCAGAUCAUAUGAUGUUUGAGGUAUGGAACCCACUAGGAAUAGUUGGUGUAAUCACUGCUUUCAACUUUCCAUGUGCUGUUCUAGGAUGGAAUGCUUGCAUUGCAUUAGUCUGUGGUAACACUGUCGUUUGGAAGGGCGCUCCAACUACUCCAUUGAUAACUAUUGCUGUGACAAAGCUAAUAUCUGAAGUUCUUGAGAGGAACAAAUUACCCGGGGCAAUAUUCACCUCUUUCUGUGGAGGGGCUGAUAUUGGGCAGGCAAUUGCGAAAGACACACGCAUUCCGUUGGUUUCAUUUACUGGAAGCUCAAAGGUGGGUGCAAUGGUUCAGAAAACAGUGAAUGAAAGAUUUGGCAGAUGCUUACUGGAGUUAAGUGGUAACAAUGCAAUAAUAGUCAUGGAUGAUGCGGAUAUCAAACUGGCUGUACGCUCUAUUUUUUUUGCAGCUGUGGGUACUGCUGGUCAGCGAUGUACAACCUGUCGUAGACUGUUUCUGCAUGAGAGUAUUUACUCAGAUGUACUAGAUCAACUUACCGGACUCUACAAACAAGUCAAAAUUGGGAAUCCUCUGGAGAAAGGCACUCUGGUUGGGCCUCUGCAUACUCGUUCUUCUGUGGAAAACUUCAAGAAGGGUAUUAUGGCGAUAAAAUCUCAGGGAGGGAAGAUCCUAACAGGGGGAUCUGUAUUAGAGUCAGAAGGAAAUUUUGUACAGCCAACAGUUGUUGAGAUUUCUUCGGAUGCCGCUGUAGUUAAAGAAGAACUAUUUGCUCCAGUUCUCUAUGUUAUGAAAAUUCAGAAUCUAGAAGAAGCAAUUGCCUUGAACAAUUCUGUUCCUCAAGGAUUGAGUAGUUCAAUCUUUACACAAAGACCUGAUACUAUAUUCAAAUGGAUUGGACCACGUGGGAGUGAUUGUGGUAUAGUAAAUGUUAACAUACCGACAAACGGAGCUGAGAUAGGAGGUGCCUUUGGUGGAGAAAAGGCAACUGGUGGUGGUCGCGAAGCAGGGAGUGACUCGUGGAAGCAAUACAUGCGCCGUUCUACAUGUACCAUCAAUUAUGGAAGUGAACUACCAUUAGCUCAGGGAAUAAACUUUGGCUAAUCCUUAGACAUGAAGAUGCUCAGAUGCAAUUUUCAGCAAUUGAACGUUCUAUACCAAAUUAAAGUCUAGUUGACAAGGACUCAAAUGGUUGUUUCAACAAGAUGUGUCGUAAAAGUGACACUUUGACUUGAUAUCAUUAAAUGUCCAAUAAAUAUGCAUGCUUAUCAAAUGUGGUUAUGUUUCUUAUUUCUAAAUCUUGUGGAUACACUCAUGAAUAUACUCUAGGAAGCCGGCUUUGAUUCGUUAUAAUCCUAAAUCGGUUUUAUCUUACUAAAAGUGUGUUUGGCUAAUCAUUUCAACUACGGUUUUAGGAGGGGUUUGUGUUGAGUUCUCACAUCCACUAGAUAUAUGGCUACAUUAGUCUUUAUAAUUUUAUAAGAUUUGGACAAUCCUUGCAUCUUGUGCUCACUUUUGAGUUGAAUUGUAUAAAGUCUAGUUUAACUUAUAAA